CGGCGCCCGGGCGCGGCGCGGCCGCGGGAGCGGGGGCGGGUUUAUGGCGGCGGCUCUGGCCGCGCUCGCUGCCAGGCUCUCCCAGUCGGCCGCGGCCAGGUCCUACGGCGUGUUCUGCAAGGGGCUCACCAGGACCCUCCUCAUCUUCUUCGACCUGGCCUGGAAGCUCCGCAUCAACUUCCCCUACCUCUACAUCGUCGCCUCCAUGAUGCUCAACGUGCGGCUGCAGGUCCAUAUUGAGAUCCAUUGACUUGUGAUUUGGUGUGCUGCUUCCGCUGUAUGCUGUAACUGGAGUCUGUCACACUCUUCAAAUCCAGCCUGCUGUGAAGUAGCAAAGCUGUGCUUGUGUGCUCUAGGACUAUGAAGGAAGAAGAUUUUAUCCAGAAACGAGGAUGUGAUGAUGGCCCAGAUCAGCACAAGCCAGCAGCUCAUCUGACACACGUGCAUUCCAUGUUGGACAGUUCUCAAAAUCAUAGUAGCAGUUUACAAGAAUUAUAUAACACCAGGAAUUCUUCUCUCUUUAAUACUAUACCUCUGUCUUCUGUUGGCAAGGAAAUGCCUCUGAGCUUCAGUGAAUCAGCAGGGACGAACUCAAAUGCAGCUGCUCCUUGGAAGGAUUCAUUUCAUCUGCAUUUUUCUUCUGGGAAAGACAAUCUCAAUAGGGUUUCUCACUGCAUUGGUGGCAUUUCAGUAACAGGCUGCCUGGAAGAAGCUUGCAGCAUUUCUGGAGACUUCAGCUCAGACUGCCCAGGAGACAACUUUGUAUGUUUUGCACAAUUCUGGCUGGGAAAUUUGCAGUAUAAUAAAAACCUGUGGUUUCUGGAAUUAGAAAUGAGCAGUAGCAAAGAGAAUGAAUUGCAGUUUGUAUUUUUUAAAACAUUGGAGUUUGGUGGACUUCCUGAUUCCUGUUACAAUCCAGUUGCCUCUCUGAACAACUCUGCUUCAGGACUCUCAAACAAUCAGAAACCAUGUAUUUUGUUUUAUUGCUUAAAACUUGUAUCUUCAGAGCAAACACUUGGAUAUGAGCAAAUGCUUAUGAAUAUACAGUAUGUGGCUAAUAAUUUUCACAUCAUACAGCUGGUAAUCUCUGUGCUAGCUUUUGCACUAGCAGGUCUCUGGUAUGCAGUAGUGAAGGGAAAAAAGUACUGAGAUUUUAAUAACUACUGUUUUUAAUAUUAGCAGAAAAUAAGAGAGACAAGGUUACAGUUCAGGUUUUAGUGAGAAUUAGCUGAAGUAAAAACCAUAGUUCUAUAAUUGCUAGUUAAACUGGCUAAUGGAAGAAUAGGGACUUUUUUUUUGUAAGGAAUAGCUGCAUCUGAGUGUAAAGAACUUCAUAAUCUUCAGACUCUGGGACUUCUGCAGGUCUGCUGUUAACACUAAAAUCCAAUUUGAUUAGCACAGAUCCUUUGUUUCUACAGAGUUUGUAUUAGUGGAGUGUUCUGGCUACUACUAUUUAUACCCAUUUCCAAUGAAACUUUGUCUUGUAGAAUUGAAUUCCUGCUCUGAAUCCAACAGUAACUGAUGUAUCAGUCCUUAGAACACUUUGAACUGGGAAGCUGUUGGGAGGGUGGUCUUCAAUACAACAUAAUUCUCAGCAGUGUUCCUUUCCAAGGAUGGUACUACUCUAAUUUAACAAUACCUUGUGAGCUUUAUUGUGCUACAACAGACACUGUAAACAACUUUCUAAAACAUGUUUUUUUCCUUGAAAGAGGGAUUGUUAUUGCUGAAAUACAAUAAGAGCUUCUGGGCCUGUUGACUUUGGGACAGGCUUGUGAUAAUGAGGUUUGCCAAAGAACGGGGCAAGAAUGCUGGAAUCCAUAGAGCUGCUGGUGAAUAGAAUUUUGAGGAACAGGCUCCUGAUGGCACUUUAGUGGAGAAGCUCAUUCUGCAAUAGGUCAAACUUUGAACUUGAUGUCCAAAAUUCUCAGCAGGGGCAUUGCUGUAGAUCAGCUUAAUGUGCUCUAAAGGCUCACAUAAAGAGGGAGGUAUUGGUGUGUGGGUUAGGAUGCAUCUUCAGCUUCCCCUUGACUCUGACUUAAAAGUGAGGACUUCAUGUGGAGUAAAGUGGUUCACACACUAGGUAUCCAUGCCAGUAAUUCACACACUGGGUAUCCUUUUUUGCCAGCUAAUCUUGCUUCAUUUUGGAAAGAGAGGAAGUGAUGUUGCAUUUAGUUUGAACUGAACUUAGCUGGAAAGCCAGUAGUUUCCAGUGUGGUGGUUAUUGACGUGUUGGCACACAUGUGUAGAGAAGUCCUUGAUUAUGAAGAUGAGAAGCUCAUUAUCAGUCUUAGGGAGAGAAGAGUUGACAUUUUUAAAUCUUAUUUGAGUGCUGAAAGUAAGACAUAUUACUUUUUAUGUUGAGUGAUACUUUGUGUUUUCAUUAUCCCCAUUGGCUGAUUGUUUCUUUUGGAUGCUAAAAGAGAUGAAAUGCCACUUACUUUAAUUUAGAAAAUAACUUCUCCCUGGUGUGCAUUUAAAUGAUUGUUUAACUUGGGGACUUUUGACCAUGCAAUUACCUGUCAAAGAGUGACAGAAAGCCCCAGAAUAAUACUGGUUUAUGUAUCACAAGUAAUUACUCUGACAGCAGCAGUUCCCUCUUAGUCAAGCUAUCCACUCUCAUCUCCAUUGCUGUAAUUUAUCAGCCUUGCAGUGAGUGGUAUUAGCACAAGUUAACACAUGGUGUUGCAGAGGUUCAAGAUUCCUCAAGUGAUGUGGAUCUGACGUGCCAGAACACCAGAAACAGACACUUCUCCAAAUGUCUGUGGCUUGGAGUUAUGGUGUUAAGCUGCUGUCUGCCUGUAUCUUGACCCAAAAAACACUUGGCAGAGGAAGGAAGGCUGGGAGGAGUUGGAGCCUGUUUAAGCUGGCUUGAUUGCUAAAUACAAUGUUGUGCAACUCCAUAUUAAUCUCUAUGCAGCUCUAUGGGUACAGCCAUACCCUCCCUGUAUGGUGAGCCGCCUUACCUUCAGAUGUGCAUGAACACAGUCCUGCACCCAAAACUUGAGUGCUUGGACUUCCUGUACAAAGGAUCAAUCAGAACAGCUGUACCUGCAGUUGUUACUUGAGACCUUGUUUGUACAGCUGACUGGUUUGGCCUGGAACAUUCUCUGCUGAAUGUCAUUUGGGAACUACAUGUUUUGGGAACCAUAGUUCUAUACAAGAACUUGUAGGUAAGGUUGUCAGGUUAAUAGGCAAGAGGAGUAGCUAAAGGCAUAAACGUGCAGUUUUUAAUGCACCUUUUUUCAUGGUGAUUUCAAAGGGGGGGGUGAGUGAAACAUGAGAGACACCAACAAUAAACUAGAAUUUAAAUGUGUGUACAGCAGAGUUCCAAGGAUUUCCUCCUUAUCAAUGACAAGCCUAUGGUGGAGAAAAUCUUGGAAUAUUGAAUUGUGUUACAUAUCACAGUCAGUCCUGUUUUAAGCAAAGUCUUGUUUGAGUGUGUGGCCUUUCAUCACUUAUUACAGGAUCACUUUAAAUACAAUACAGCUAAGUAAAAUGAUGGAUGUUUGUUGUGUAUUAUAUUUAUAUUGACCAUAAGAUGCAAAGAAUACUUAAAUAAGUGGAUUUAAUCAAUUUUAAGAUAGUUUAUGUACCUUGCCUUCAAUUUUAUUGCUUAAAACCUAGAAGGUAAUUUUAACUUGAACAUUCCUUCUGAAAUUCAAAUAAAGCAUAGCUUGGUAUGUUAAAAUCUCAUGUAAUAUACUGCACUUUAAGCCUGGGGAGGCCAUGGAUCAAAAGUGCUGUUCUUUCACUAACAGAACUGCCUGCCCUGACUGAGACAAUGUUUAAGUGGUUUUUCCUGUCUGGAGGGAGAAUAAGGAACCUGAAGGAUGGCAUCCAUCCUUUGAAACUAUAGAUAAAUCUAACACUAUGUGGUUUAGGCCACUGUUCUAUAGGUUUUUUAUAUUAACUCAUCUCAAAAGAUGGAAGGUGUCUUGGCCAAGAACCAGUUUGUGUGGAGUUUCAUGGCUUCACUGUGUCCAAUAUGGAAAACUUUCCUGAGUUACUGUGCUGUUAGGGCUGUCUCAGAUGAUUAUUACAGUAGAGAAAAAUAACAUUCUUAGUAGGGGUAAAGGACCUUCAUACUCAACCAGGAGUUGCCUUUGUAUUUCUGUACUUCUGUCUCUCAUCCUUCUCUAGGAAGAGGUUAUUUUUAAGCAAAAUGUCAGGGUUCUACUAAACAACUUGUGCUAUCUAAUACUUCAUUGAUUAGUGUCCAAAUCCUUCCUGCACUACAUAGUGAAGUUCUAUUUCUGCCAUUAGAAAAUAAAUAAGAAUAUACUCAAUAUUAAGAGGAUUUCCUACUAGUUACACUUGAGUGAAAAUUUACUAUGUAGUGUACUGCUAUGAAAAUAAAAUAUACUUUUAAAUGUAUGCACAGAGUUCUGCAUGUAGAUAAAAAGUGUUUUACCACAGUAUGAUGUUGGGAUGCUUACGCAAAUGCUUGUUUACUUUCUGACGCUGCAGUGCAAAACGCAGUGGAGCUGGUGGUGUCACUUCUCCGUGUGGUUUUCAGCCAGUGCAAGCUCAGCUACUGUGUGUCUGCAUCAUCCUGCACAGGGGACAGCUCUAGCUGAAGACAUGUUUUAGCCUUUUGCUUUUCCAGUGUUAGGUUUGGUUUUGCUGUUGUGUGAGGUUUGGUGGUUUGUUGUUUGUUUGUGGUUUAUUUCAUUUUUUUUUUUUAAAUUUAUCAAUAGGACUGUAAAGACAGCACUUUCUUAAACUUUGCCAAAGUUUGCUUCUUUUCUCCUUCUCUCCACCUCUGCCCCUUAUACGAAUACACAUUUAAUUUUUAGAAGAAGCAAGCCUGUGUGUACUCUCCUAAUAUAUAAUCUUAUUGUCAGGUUGCUCCUUUCGUUUUUAUGGCCUGGUCAUGCAUAUAUUUCUCUCCCUAUAAUUUCCUGGCAUAAGCAUACACUGAUAUUUUGUUCCACCUCAAAACCAUUGUCCUGUAAUUAAUUAUGCACAACAAAUUGACAGCAAUCAUGUAGAGAUUUAAGAGUCCAUAGUCUCUCAUUAGGGUGUAUGACAGGUGGUAUAACUUACAGAUCAAUAUGUAGUCAAUGUGACACAUUUCUGUUUUUUCCUCUUCAAAACAGCUGCUUCAGUUAAAAUCCAAUAUUUAAUUUGAGUAUGUGGUACCUCUUGACAGCUGAGAAUUGCAGCUAGAACCAGGGGAUUAUAAAAUACAUUAAGGUUAGGACUUAGUGUAACUUUUCAAAAAAUUAAGGAGUACAUUAAAGAGUACAUUAAUAUUUUGAAACUUUUUUUCCCCCCAAGAGUGCACAGAAUAAAAUGUGUCCUGCUACUUGUUUCUGUGUGAUGCACACCCAGUAACUGGGGGUGGGGAGAGAGCCCUUCUUAGAUUGCAGAGCCUCUAAUCCUCAAGGAAGAGUUGCACUUGAUAGAACUUCAAAAUAAACCACAUGUUGCCUAUGAAAGUACUGAUAGUUAUGAUCAACUGUCAUACUUAAAUUACAAUAUCAUAGGUAUCACUCUCCUGACAGUGUGAAAACAAGAAUAAUAAAUACAGAAGUGCUAGAAUUAAUGUUGUUCUUUACCAGCCUGCACCGGUAAGAGCAAAUCCUAUUGUACUUUGAAAUUAAUUCUCAACUGCAUCCCAAAAUCUUAAUUAUCAUAGUAUUUUUGGAAGUAGUGAUACAAGAUUCAAACUAAGAUGGUUAUUUCAUUGUUAAUGAUGAAACAAAUUUAUAAGUUAAAAUAUUUUAGAAAAUGACAAGAGGGACUUCCACAAAGAAAAUCUGCCUUGAAAAGGUUUAUUUCAUUUGUGUGAUCUCUAUAUAUGUAUAGUCUGUUUUGCAAAUUCCUUCCUUAUUUGUAGAUAGUAUAAACCUGAUAGCAAAAGUGGUCAAAACCCGAACUUGCAAAAGUAUCAGUGUUUAACUUUCUGUAUGUAGUCAAUUUUAGCUAUUAUCAAACAUAAUACCUAAAUGUAAUUUAAGCUUUUAUUCUUGAAAGUAGGGAAAUCAAAUACUUAGUGCCUGAUUCACCACUUGAAGUUAAGUGAAACCAUUUCUUGAAAAUGGGUUCUGUUACCUGAUGGUGACUAAUUUUCAAUGCUGAUACUCAACAUUUCCUGUAAACUGUGAUGACAUCCCUGCAGAACAAUUUUAGUGUAUGGCCUUGGUCUUUGGCCCUAUUUUGUUUGUAUUAUUAUUUUUUUAUUGCAAUGUGGGAGGUGGAGAAGGCUGGCACAAACCAUUUAUUUUUUGUUCCAGAGAAAGACGUUUACAAUUUCGUAUGUAUUUUAAAAAUGAAUUGUGAUACUUUUUACCUGGGAGAGAAGUUUCCAUAGUAGACUUGGAACCUGAACAGAGACUUUGGAAUAUCAGGAGUGCUCCCCAAGCUGCCAGAAGCUGUUGAGGGCGAAGCUGCUCACUCACACCACAGGAGGGAGUUACACAUCAGUCUUUGGAGUAUUUUCAGUUAUGGCAUUGUUAGUACAUCUUAGUACAGUGCACUUCAGUUUGCCUUGUCUUACGGAUUGUCACUGCAAAUAGGUUAAUGUACAAAAUCAAUACACGAUGGUAAUGUAUUUUAACUGUUUACAUUUGAACUCAGAGUACCAAUGGAUGGGUUUUGUCAAGCUAUUUAAAAACAGAAAUAAAAUCUUUUUUAAAAGACAAAA